AUGCAAUCAACCUCUAUUAGUUCUGAUAUUUCUUCCCAACAGGACCUGAUGACUGAAAAAAAUCCAACUGUUAGCGAUAAAGAAAUUGAUACGAAUUAUCAAAAAAUGGAUGACAAAUUAGAAAAUUUGAAUUAUUUUGAUGAGGCUUCAGAAUCGACCCAAAAUCAAAAAGAAAUAAUGCCUUUGCAAAUUUCCGUAUUUGAAAAUACAUCCAAAAAUCUAUUGCCUAACUCACCAUCAAAUGAACAAACUAUUCAUAUUAAUGUGCCAAAUGAAAACACCAGUCAAGAAAUAAUUGACAAAACAAAAGAACUUAUUAAUAAUAGUGAACCACUGCCUAAAAACGAUGAUAAUAACAAUAUUCAAAUUGAAAGUAAUAAUAUGGAGCUUGUUUCUACCAAUGUUCAAGAAGUUAAAAACAACACAAACUUGGUGAAUUUUGAACAUAGACAACAAACUUUACAACAACAAAAUUUCAAUACUACUAGUUCUAGUUGGGAUACCCAACCUAAUAAUCUAGAAAAUUUUGAUAGAGAGCAUCACCAUAAGUUUCAUGCUGAAUUCCAAGCUCUGCCUCCAGGAUCUCGUUUAUUUUUGGGAAAUUUGUCCACUCAUUCAACUUCCAAAAGGGAGCUUUAUGACAUUUUUUCUCCUUAUGGAGAAGUUUUUGAAAUAUCUAUUAAAAAUAGUUUUGGUUUUAUCCAAUAUGAUAAUCCAGAGAGAUUGGAGGUUUCUCGUGGUAAGCUACAUCGCCAUUCACAAAAUCAUGAUAAAACUAAUUUUGGCCAUCAUCAUGAAAAACGUUGGAAUCAAAGAGGCGGAAAUAAAAAUAAUUCACAUAAUAAUAACAAAAGAGAAUAUUCGCCUACCAGAGGACAUCAUAAUCAGACCCAUAAUGAUUGGCAUUAUAAUAAAGAUGACCAUGAAAGAAGACAUAGCCGUGAUCUGUAUAGAGAGGAACACCAUGAUCAAAGAGCUUCCCAUAGAUCUAAACCAUAUAGAGUUCCUAAUAGAGAUUAUUUAGAGCGAAAACAAAGUUGUGAUAAUAGGUCACAAUCACAAGACAAGACUAAUGACGAAUUUCCUUUACCUAGAAGACAAGGUAAUCAGGUACCAGAAUGCCAGAUAAUUGCUCUUGAAGAAGUUGACCGGAGUUACUUGUGGCAAGUGGAGAAUGCUUUCAGAGAAGCAAAUAUUUCUGUUCAUACACUUCAUUUAUCUAGAAAACUUCAAAUUCAAGCAGUUGUUCGUCAAAUGAUUGUAGAAGGCGUACACGCGGUUGUCUUCUUAGAAAGAGCCCUUGUAAUUAAUGGUAAGGUUAAUAUGCAAAUUUUUGAACGUCAACGCUCUCAAGAUAAUGUAAAAUAUGAUGAAGAUGCAGUUGGAUUAUUGUCUCGAGCUCGUGUUUCAUCAGUUCCAGUUCCCAAUAAUAUCUUAAUGGGUGGGCAACAAAUUUUACCCCAAGCACAACAGACUGCCCCAAUUAUAGACCAGCAAAAUGCAUCACAUAUUAAUCCAAUUUCAUUAGCUCCCCAAAAUACACAGUCUGCUCAGGGAAUACAACCUAUGCAAGUAGUUUCACCUGGUGCAAACUUACAACAUCAACCAGGCUUUAUGUCUGCACAAUCACAAAAUUUUGAUGUACAACAAAUACUUAGACAUUUAGCACCUGCGAAUGCUCCAAAUCAACAACCAUAUGCACAAGUGUUCCCUCAUAGCCAUCAACCUACCCCUUUUAAUACUUCAAUGAUUAACCAGCAUAACGUUAACAAUCCAAAUUUUUCUAAUCAAAUUCCUGGUAGUUCUAAUAUAUCAGAUCUUAUGACACAAUUCAAUAAUUAUAACAACCAAUGUUAA